CGUGGGUCAAGACGUUCAACGUUUAAACAGCAGUGUUUUGCUGUAGGUUCGGUUUUUCCAUUCAGAUGAUUAAAUGUUAUCAUUUUUUUCGUAAACAACGUAUUAAUUCGCAGAUAUUUGUGGACGGAGUAUUUAUCAAUUCGGUAUAUAGUUCACUGCGGUCUCUAAGAAGUUGACCAAUAACGACACCAAUCUGAUUUGAUUGUGGAUUUCUCACCUGUUGUGACUCCACGGGAUUAUGUAACAUCACCCAAGUACCAAUCGCAUGCAGUUCUUAAAGUCAGUGAUAGUGUUUCUUCGCUGACAUCAACUUGGCAAUUUUGCAAAAUCGAUCCAACAAGUAAUGACAAGUACUUAUUGCUACGACAGAUGGAAAACUAAGUGUUUACGAUGAUCUUUCAUAAACUAACGAGCUUGGAAACACUGCGCAAUUAGUGAUAUCAAUGUAGCGAAGCCAAGAUUUGUUCAUACACCGCCCCUUGGAGUAGGGACAUAUUAAGCACUCGGAAGCUGAGUAUUUCACUACACUUAUGCAUGAAUCGCAGCUGGUUUAAUUGUAACAGUGCACUACGCGAUCAUCAAUUGGCGUAACCAUGACAUAUCAGUGAUCAAAAUAACGACUUCUCAUUGUCAAGUGUGGGAAUACUCAAAGUCGGAUUCUAUCACAUGUUUGGGACUGAAAGGUUAUGAAAAUACAAUAUGCAAAUGACGACGGCUUAGAAGAAGUAUUGUUGAAAAAAUACGUUUGAAUAUCAACCGAGAAUUUUAACAGGUUUAAACGGAAGGCGUUACUAGCCAAGUUUCUAUUAAAUAUUCGUCUCGUGGUUAUAAUACAAAGUAAGCAUUUAUGAAUUUCGCAUUUGCGGAACUAUAUUCCAGAUAGUGAAAAUAAUUUUAAUUACGAGAGUUGUUUGAUAACCAUUUAUACUUCGUGGAAACAAAAAUGUUGCCAAGACAUCCGUUGAUUUUGAAGAUCACAACGAUCUGCACGACGGUGGUUCUCGCCGGUGUGUUGUUCUACAACCGGAACCCCAACACCGUCGUCCACCGGCGGCUGAUGUACCUGCCAACGAUGCAGGUAGGCCGCUACUCAUUUAGUGACAUCACAGCUCUCGUCCAGGAGCUCAACGCCAUCCAGAAUUCUCCGCCGACGACGACGACGGAGGAACCCAUACAUGCGAUCGAAACUUACGUCGACGGCGAAGCUAUCACGUUCGACAUUGACGCCGAGCCGUGUUUGAAAAGUCACUACCUUCUCAUAUACGUACAUUCCGAUCCCGGAAACGCCGAACGACGUCGCGUCAUACGUACCACUUGGGCGUCGAACGAAAUAUUGAAACUUCAUGGCGCUAAGUUAAUUUUUGUUACCGGUCAGGUGGAAACUUUAGAUAUGCAAGCAUCGUUAGAUUUCGAGAGCCAGCUGCACAAAGAUAUUAUUCAAGCAAACUUUACAGACACGUACAGAAAUUUGACGUACAAGGCUAUUUCGGGUUUGCGCUGGGCGCAGGAAAAUUGCCCCAAUACAACAUAUGUGUUAAAAACGGAUGAUGACAUUGUAGUUGAUAUCCAUCGCGUCGUGCGGCUAAUGAAAGCUUACAUCGAAAAUAAAUGGGGCAAGAAAAACAUCCUUGCCGGAUACAUAUGGCCACAUAUGAACGUGGACAGAAACAAAAGCAGUAAAUGGUACGUUUCACCUGAAGAAUUUCCCAAACCAUUUUAUCUGAAAUAUUGUUCCGGCUCUUCCUAUCUUAUGAGCACGGACGUCGUUGCAAAGUUCUAUACAAACUCACUUACGGUGCCAUUUUUCUGGAUUGACGAUUAUUACGUAACCGGCAUGCUCGCGAGUGCAGCUGGAGUCACGCCUACGUCAUUAAAUGAUCGAUACAUAUUAGAAAACAACGCUGACAUGGCCGCUUUGCUUCAAAACGAUUCAAAAACGCGUUUUGUGUUCGUACAUUCUCCAGAUACGAUAACGUCGAACUUUGUUUGGAAAAAGUUCUUGGAGCGGUGGGGCUAAUCUCCAUGUUUCGAUCUAAAAUUGUUUUCCGAUUGAAUAUACGAACACUUUUUAAAUGUGUGGUUUCGGCACAUCAGCCGUCCAAAAAAAGCGUGUUACUACCGUUGAUGAUAUUUAGCGGUCCAAUCGGGUAUAAGUUCAUAACUGUUGUCGGUGAUAACUUUUGUUGUGUAAUUUUUUUUAAUCCUUCAUUCAUGCCAUAGUUGACGGAAUAACACCUCAAGGACUGAAACGAAGAUGUUUUUCCACAUUACGGAAAACAGCAAACGUUUGAGCCUCGCUCAUGGAAAACGGGUAAUAAUGGAUUGAAGUAAAGUGCUGUCUCAUAUAAGCCUGUGCAGUCCGUAAAUGCUUACCAAGGACGACACGUUCUGUCUAGACUGAAUUUUUGCUAAUAAGAAACUUCCUUUAAACAAAAACUGCAUUAGAAAACGCAAAGUGUCGUCCCUGAUUAGCCUAUGCUAACUGCAUUGGCUAAUCUGCAUAAACUUGUCCCAUGUGUAUUAAACCCUGUUUUCCGACAGCGAUGGUCAUAUGCAAUAUUAUGACGUCAGUUUGGUUUAUUCCCAUGCCGUCAUUGUAUGUUUAUCGUCUUUCAAUCAUGUUUACAGUGUGUUUUCGAAAUAAGGAUUGGAAAGGGGAAGGUGAAGAUGAUGAGAUCAAAAGAACACCAGAAGUGUUGAAUACAGAUAAGUUUAGCUGAUGGGCAUGAUAACCUGCUCCACGUACCAAAGUGCGUGGUUUUAGUUUCGAGCCCCGCUUAAUAAAGUUAUCUGUAUUCAACACAAAGCUGGUAGAUAUUAUUCUAUAUACAUUUGAAUCAUACACGUCCGUAAAUCAUAUUUCAAAAGUGCGCAAGUGUGUGUGUUUUCACAUAUUUUAUUUUACAUGUUGUAGUGUGAAAUGUCUUGAUAUUUAUUUUUUACCUACAAACAAGUGUUUUGAUUGUGAGAGAAUAUCUUUGAAAUUAUACUUUUCAAACAUUUCAUUAGCAUAAAACAUUCAAUUUUAAGUAUAUAUAUGUUGUAACGUAAGCUGUUUAAAAGAAUCAAGUAAAUAAAAAGAGUAUUUUUAAUUUAACAUAUUUAUGUCUUGCGUCUAGGAAAAGGGUCUUUGCAAACAGCGUAGACCCAGAUGAGACGCCGCAUGAUGCGGCGUCUCAUCAGGGUAUGCGCUGUGUGCUUAAAGGAAUUUCCGUAAGAAAUGUUGUAAAUAUAGAAAUAAAUAAAAUUAAAUAUAUAAUUAUUUAUAUGAAUGUAAAACCUUGUUAGCACUAUAGAAUUAACAAUUUAGUCCAAUCUUCAUGAAACAUUUUUUGUAAUGAUAUUUGGGCUUAUAUAAAAAAUUAUUUCCGUCCGUUGAAAAAAAGGUUCACGGGGGGAGGGGGGGGGGGGGCUUGACAAUACUCUUAUAUGGUUAUAGUAAAAACUUGUUAGUAAACUGUCGAGAAGUCAAAUUUAUUGUUCAAUCUUGAUGGAAGGGGGGCGCUGCAUUUCUCUCUCUCUCUAUAUAUAUAUAUGUCUAUAGUUAAACCUUGUUAACACUUUUAGAAGUCACAGUUUAAGUCCAAUCUUCAGGAAACUUGGUCAGUAGUUUUUUUAAAGUCCAUUCUUCAUGAAACUUGGCAGAACAUUUGUAGUCCAAUCGUCAUUAAACUUUGUCAGUAGAUUUGUUUUAAUUAUAUCUGGGCUGAGUUCGAAAAUAGUUCUUGUCCGUUGAAAAACAUGGCCGCCAGUGGACUUGACAUUUUCCGUUAUAUGGUUAUAGUAAAACCUUCUUAACCCUCUAGUUGAAACCUUUGCCAAGUUUUAAAAAUGGUUUCAGUAGCAUUUUUAAAAUUGCUGAGAGCAGUUCAGUUUACUGCAUCAUCAGGUGAGCAACCGAUAGCCGAUGGCCAUCUUGUUAGUUUACUUGACUUCCGGUGGUAACUGCAUAUAUAAAAUGUUAUCGGUAGAUGUGCGUUAUGUGGUUUUAUUUGAUUAAAAUAUAAUGUUGUCA